GGCAACGCGACAGGUAUUUAAAGCUUCAGUAUUCCCCUAAGCAUGUCCCCGUCCGUGCCAAUUAGAUUCCAUAUUCCACCCAGCCGACAGGAUGACAGCCGUUUUGAUUACCGGAGCGACGGGCAACCAAGGUGGCGCCCUCAUUCGAAGCCUGGUGUCGCGCAAGGCCCCCUUUGAAAUCCUGGCAGUGACGCGCAAUCCGACCUCUGCAUCCGCCCAGCGACUGAGCCAGUUGUCCUCCAACAUUCGUCUGGUCCAGGGAGACCUGGAUAGCCCGUCGGCCAUCUUCGACAAUGCCCGUCGCGUGACCAAGUCCCCCAUCUGGGGCGUCUACAGUGUGCAGGCGGCCAUUGGCAAUGCCAGUGCCGAGGAGUCCCAGGGCAAGGCGCUCAUCGACGAGUCCCUCAAGCAAGACGUCAAGUUCUUCGUGUACAGUUCGGUCGACCGCGGGGGCGAAGAACGCUCCUUCACCACCCCAACCAAGAUUCCCCAUUUCAUCAAAAAGCACAACAUCGAACAUCAUCUGGUGGAUCGCACCAAGGGCACCGCCAUGGAGUGGACAAUUCUCCGACCGACCGCGUUCUUCGAAAAUCUGACCGCGGACUUUUUUGGCAAGGUGUUUGCCACGAGCUUCGAUAUGGCCCUCAAAGGCAGCCCGCUGCAGAUGGUGGCCGCCAGCGAUAUCGGCUACUUUGGCGCCGAGGCCUUCCUGCAUCCCGAACAGUAUCGGGGGCGAGGCGUGUCCCUGGCCGGAGACGAAAUCACCCAUACGCAGAUGGCCAAGAUCUUUCAGCAGCAGACCGGGCAACCCUUCCCGAAAACCUUCCGGCCCUUAUGUUCCUUGUUCCUGGCCUCGAUGAAGGACAUGGGCUACAUGUUCAAGUGGUUCCACGAUGAGGGCUACCGGGCCGACAUCGCAAGUCUCCGAUUGAAACACCCGGACCUGAAGAACUUCGAGACGUGGUUGGCACAGGAAAGCGACUUCCGCCGUCGUUAGCGUUGGGGG